GCUGGGGCGGGGUAGGGAGGAAGCCAGCUGCUGGUGGCCCCUGUGAUGUGAGGCUGCCACAUGGUUCCCAGGGGCGGGGGUUGGAAGGCGAGGAGCAGCGAUUGUUGGAGACACACGCCGGGGCACACGCAGGCCUGGAGGCUCAGAAAUGCACUCGUGCACGCCCAGGGUUAGACCUCCCUGCUCACCUAGCCCUCGUGCCCAGGGAUCCCCAGUACCACACAAACUCAGGCAGACAUGAGGCCAGACACACAGUCGCACUGGCUUCAUGCCCAUGGGCACGUGUGCACACAAACACACACACAGACACACUCACACAACCACACGGAGAACUCACAAUAGCAGCCAGAGAUGUGCACCAUCUAGCUCUCAGUCACACAAAGCAAAAGGUACAAGCAGAUCUACACACGUGCACACACCACACACGCACACAAGGUACCAGACACAGGCAUGCACAGACACAGAGGCACUCACUACACACGCGUGCUCACGCAAAUGCCCACUCAGACUCGGACAGACAGACAAACACACUCAGCCACGUCCCAGAGCCACAGGGAGCCCAAGUGUGCGCCCUCUACUGCAGGCUGGGGCUCUUGGCCUCGGGCUGCCCUGGGAAGGUGGCUGUGGCCACUUCCUCUUCCCGCACCCUGCGGUGAGGAUGAAAGGCUCCCUGGUGGAGUAGGAAAGAAAGGCCUGUGACUGUCCUGGGCUCCACCCAGGUGGGAUGGGGCAGGGCAGAGAGCCCAGGGGUCUGAGGCUGCGGAAGGGAGUGGACAGUGAGCGGCUGGGCUCUGGGAGGCCUUUGUCACGGCACAGGGUGCCGCCAGGUCCCCCACGUUGAGCACCUGCUCAGCCCCGCCCCAUCCUACCCUGCGGCACCUCUGGCCUAUUCCAGAGCUGGAAGGGAAGUCAGGAGCCCCGUGAGACACUGCUGAGUGACCUUGGGCAAGUCACUCCUCAGCCCCUCUGGGCCUGGCUUUCAACAUCGAUACCAGCGGCUUGCAAAUGUUUUUGACUGCCACCCACAGUAAGAAAUACAUUGCACCUUGCCACCAGAUGAGGAUGCAGAUACUGACACACACAGGCAACCGGAAAAAUGUUUCAUGGAGCGAUCCUCGCCCUGGCUCUGGGCGAUGCCAGGCUCCAGUAUAUAAAUCAGGCAAAUUCCCCAUUUGAGCAUGAACCUCUGAAAACUGCCGGCAUCUGAGGUUUCCUCCAAGGCCCUCUGAAGUGCAGCCCAUAAUGAAGGUCUUGGCGGCAGGAGUUGUGCCCCUGCUGCUGGUUCUGCACUGGAAACAUGGGGCAGGGAGCCCCCUCCCCAUCACCCCUGUCAACGCCACCUGUGCCAUACGCCACCCAUGUCACAACAACCUCAUGAACCAGAUCAGGAGCCAACUGGCACAGCUCAAUGGCAGUGCCAAUGCCCUCUUUAUUCUCUAUUACACAGCCCAGGGGGAGCCGUUCCCCAACAACCUGGACAAGCUGUGCGGCCCCAACGUGACGGACUUCCCGCCCUUCCACGCCAACGGCACGGAGAAGGCCAAGCUGGUGGAGCUGUACCGCAUCGUCGUGUACCUUGGCACCUCCCUGGGCAACAUCACCCGGGACCAGAAGAUCCUCAACCCCAGUGCCCUCAGCCUCCAUAGCAAGCUCAACGCCACUGCCGACAUCCUGCGAGGCCUCCUUAGCAACGUGCUGUGCCGCCUGUGCAGCAAGUACCACGUGGGCCAUGUGGACGUGACCUAUGGCCCUGACACCUCGGGUAAGGACGUCUUCCAGAAGAAGAAGCUGGGCUGUCAACUCCUGGGGAAGUAUAAGGAGACCAUCGCCGUGUUGGCCCAGGCCUUCUAGCAAGAGGUCUUGAAGCAUGCUGUGAACCAAAGGAUCUCAGGAGUGAGGUCCAGAUGUGGGGGCCUGUCCUAGAGUGGCUGGGGCCCAGGGCAUGGCUAAACCCAAAUGGGGGCUGCUGGCAGACCCCGAGGGUGCCUGGCCAGUCCACUCCCCUCUGGGCUGGGCUGUGAUGAAGCUGAGCAGAGUGGAAACUUCCAUAGGGAGGGAGCUAGAAGAAGGUGCCCCUUCCUCUGGGAGAUUGUGGACUGGGGAGCGUGGGCUGGACUUCUGCCUCCACUUGUCCCUUUGGCUUCUUGCUCACUUUGUGCAGUGGGCAAACUACACAGUCAUCUACAACAGCCCUGACCACAGCGAGACAGCAGGGCCCCAGGGAGUGGACCAGCCCCUGGCAAAUGAUCACCAUCUGUGCCUUUGCUGCCCCUUAGGUUGGGACUCAGGUGGGCCAGAGGGGCUAGGGUCCCAAAGGACUCCUUGUCCCCUAGAAGUUUGAUGAAUGGAAGAUAGAGAGGGGCCUCUGGGAUGGGAGGCUGUCUUCUUUUGAGGAUGAUCAGAGAACUUGGGCAUAGGAACAGUCAGGCAGAAGUUUCCAGAAGGAGGUCACUUGGCAUUCAGGCUCUUGGGGAGGCAAAGAAGCCACCUUCAGGCCUGGGAAGUAAGACGCUGGGAGGAGGAGAGGCCCCAAAAGCUUUGGUGGGUUCUUCCUUCUCUUCCUCGUGAUGUUCCUUACAGCCUGGGAUGGCCAGGAUCUGGUGGCUGAACCUGCAGCAGGGGUUUGUGGAGGUGGGUAGGGCAGGGGCAGGUUGCUAAGUCAGGUGCAGAGGUUCUGAAGGACCCAGGGUCUUCCUCUGGGUAAGAGUCUGUAAGGAGGGGCUAGGGUAGCUCACAGUAGCAGCUCACAUCUGAGGCCCUGGGAGGCCUUGUGAGGUCACACAGAGGUACUUGAGGGGGACCAGAGGCCUUCUCUGGUCCCCAGGGCAAAGGGACAGCAGAACUUGAGGUCAGGGUCUUAGGGAACCCUGAGCUUCAAGCGUGCUGUGCGUCUGACCCGGAAUGAUUUCUAUUUAUUAUGAUAUCCUAUUUAUAUUAACUUAUUGGUGCUUUCAGUGGCAAAGUUAAUUCCCCUUUCCCUGGUCCCCACUCAGCAAAAUAUGAUGAUGGCUCCCGACACAAGUGCCAGGGCCAGGGCUUAGCAGGGCCUGGUCUGAAAGUCGACAAUGUUACAAGUGGAAUAAGCCUUAUAGGUGAAGCUCAGAGAAGGGUCGGAUCUGAGAGAAUGGGGAGGCCUGAGUGGGAGUGCGGGGCCUGGCUCCACCCCCAUCCCCUAUUGUGACUUGCUUUGGGGUGUCAGGGUCCAGGCUGCAGGGGCUGGGCCAAUUUGUGGAGAGGCCGGGUGCCUUUCUGUCUUGGUUCCAGGGGGCUGGUUCACACUGUUCUCGGGCGCCCCAGCAUUGUGUUGUGAGGAGCACUGCUCCUGGUUGAAACUGUGCCCCCUGGAGCAGUGGGCAAGGCAGUCCUUGUGGCCCAGCCUGUCCCUGUGUCUGUGUCCCCGUGUUGCCUCUGAAAUAGUGCCCUGGAACCAUCCUGCCCCAGCACCCAGCGUGCUCCCGCACAGCAGGGAAGCUCCUCCGGUGGCCCGGACACCCAUAGAGGGUGGGGGGGCCUGGCUGGGCCAGACCCCAGGAAGGUGGGGGAGACUGGGGGGAUCAGCUGCCCACUGCUCCCAAGAGGAGGAGAGGGAGGCUGCAGACGCCUGGGACUCAGACCAGGAAGCUGUGGGCCCUCCUGCCCCACCCCCAUCCCACUCCCACCCAUGUCUGGGCUCCCAGGCAGGGAACCCGAUCUCUUUCUUUGUGCUGGGGCCAGGCAAGUGGAGAAACGCCCUCCAGUCUGAGAGCAGGGGAGGGAGGGAGGCAGCCGAAUCGGGGCAGCUGCUCAGAGCAGUGUUCUGGCUUCUUCUCAAACCCUGAGUGGGCUGCCGGCCUCCAAGUUCCUCUGACAAGAUGAUGGUACUAAUUAUGGUACUUUUCACUCACUUUGCACCUUUCCCUGUCGCUCUCUAAGCACUUUACCUGGGUGGCGCAUGGGCAGCGUGCAGGCAGGUCCUGAGGCCUGGGGUUGCGGUGGAGGGUGCGGCCGGGAGUUGUCCAUCUGUCCGUCCCAACAGCAAGAUGAGGAUGUGGUUGUUGAGAUUUUGGCCACACUCACCCUUGUCUAGGAUGCAGGGGCUGCCUUCCCCUUCUUGCUCCAUCUGGCUUAGCUUGGGGCAGGCUGCACUCCCCCAAGAUGGACUUCAAGAAAGACAAAUUUGCCUGGAAACCAGAGUUGCUGAUUCCACCCGGUGCGCCCGGCUGACUCACCCAUCACCUCAUCUCCCUGUGGACUUGGGUGCUCUGUACCGAGACCACCUGGCGGCCCUGGUGGCCCUGGCUCUGAGUCACUCUCCUGCCCAGCCUGGACUCGGACCCAUAGUACCCAUCCUCAGUGCUCCCUCCAGAUCCCAUCUGGCAGCUCGGCGUCCACUCUGCACAGCAUCACUGAAUCACGGAGCCUUUGCGUGAAACAGCUCUGCCGGACCAGGAGCUGAGUUCCUCUUCCCUUUUUAUCUGCUGGUGUGGAUCACACCUGGGCCUGGCCAGAGGAAGAGAGAGGGGACAGUCAUUUUGUAGUUUACCAAGAGAGACGUCUCCAGCUCUGGGCCCUUAUUUAUUAUUUAAACAUUUUUUUAAAAAGCACUGCUAGUUUACUUGUCUCUCCUCCCCAUCGUCCCCAUCGUUCUCCUUGUCCCUGACUUGGGGCACUUCCACCCUGAGCCAGCCAGCCCAGCUCUGCCUUGACGGCUCUCCAGAGUAGACAUAGUGUGUGGGGUUGGAGCUCUGGCACCCGGGGAGGUAGCGUUUCCCUGCAGAUGGUACAGAUGUUCCUGCCUUAGAAUCAUCUCUAGUUCCUCACCCCAAUCCCGGCAUCCAGCCUUCAGUCUCGCCCACGUGCUAGCUCCGUGGGCCCACCGUGCGGCCUUAGAGGUUUCCCUCCUUCCUUUCCACUGUAAAGCACUUGGCCUUGGGUGACAAAUUCCUCUUUGAUGAAUGUACCCUGUGGGGAUGUUUCAUACUGACAGAUUAUUUUUAUUUAUUCAAUGUCAUAUUUAAAAUAUUUAUUUUUUAUACCAAAUGAAUACUUUUUUUUUUUAAGAAAAAAAGAUAAAUGAAUAAAGAAUCUACUCUUGGUUGGC